AAUCAUCCAACCAUCUCCUCUUCGUCUCCCAGCGCUCCAAGCACCUCCAUAAUGACGAAGCAAGAACCACCAACAAUCUCCACCAAGGCACUGUACUAUGCCUUUCCCGACGGCAGCAAAGGUCUGCAAGACAUCAACCUCGACCUGCCCGCCAAUGCCCGUUGUCUCUUGAUCGGCGCGAACGGCGCGGGCAAAACGACCCUCCUCCGCCUCCUCUCCGGCAAACGCAUGGCGCCUUCUGGGACCGUGAGCGUGGCAUCCGUCGACCCAUUCGACACUGGUCUCGAAGGCGUGACAUACCUCGGUCUGGAAUGGGUUCUCAACCCCAUCGUGCGCUCCGACAUUGCCGUGCCGGAACUCCUCAAGUCUGUCGGAGGAGACCACUACCCCGAGCGUCGGGAUCAACUGGUCAAAAUUCUGGACGUGGACCUGAGCUGGCAUCUGCAUGCCGUGUCUGACGGAGAGAGGAGACGUGUGCAGUUGUGUAUGGGCCUGCUACGCCCAUGGACAGUUCUUCUGCUGGACGAAAUUACCGUCGACCUGGACCUCCUCUCUCGGCACAACUUCCUGCAGUUCCUUAAACAGGAGACCGAGACCCGGGACUGUACGAUUGUCUAUGCGACGCAUAUCUUGGACAACCUGGCGCAGUGGCCGACCCACCUGGUGCACAUGUCGCUGGGCAAGAUCAAGAAGUGGGGCGGGAUUGACGAGUUUGAGGUUCCGACUACAGACGGCGGCGUGGAGGGGAAUAGUCGCUUGGGCCAUCUGGUCAUGGGGUGGUUGAGAGAGGAUCUAGAGGAGAGAGGGCCGAGGAAUGGGCCGCGGUCGGAUGGUAAGACGUAUGAGAACCAUGAGGGUAAGGGAGGGUACGGAAACGAGAAGAGUAAGGGAAAGUGA